GCUCAGACCAGUCUGCCUCCGGCUUCCGCCAACAUCGGAUGGGAUCGUUUUCAUCAUCAACACCGGGAAAGUGACGACGAAAGGAAAAUCGCAUCGGAAAAUCGUCUGGCGACACCUGCUGAAAGCGACCCCGACGUCCACAGGACGGCCAAUUCUAACUUACACACUUGUGGAAUAAACGGAAAAAGAUCAUCGAGCAUGCACCAGAUUCGGAUGGAGGGAGUGGUGGCAUGCAUUUCCGGAAAGAUUGGAGGCAGACCGUUGAGAUGAAGACGUACGGGGUUGUGAAGAGUUCUCAUGGUAACGGAAUAUCGUCGGACCCGCGUCGGUCUGGGGUAGCAGGGAGAGGGGUGGUGAAAUGGGUACGUAAACAGAAGUGUUCCCCACCACCCGACAGCAGGAAGAAACACCAAGAAUCAGCCCAGGAAGGGAAGCAGUCUGAGAUGAAGCUGCGGGAACGUGUGACGAUCGGGGCCAGCGCCUUGGCCGUCCUCAUCACCCUGGCCUUGGUCCUCGACUUGGAGCUGGACCUCGGCAUGAGCGGCCACCGGCUCCUGACGCGACACGGGAGGAUCAAGUACAACGACAACGGGGUCGACACCCCACGAGCCGCCUACAACACAUUCCGAAGGAAAUUCCUUGAGAGGAGCAACACGUCGGCCACCGGGACGGGGCAAACUGUCUCCGAGACGACGACCACCAUCAACCAGCUGAAGCCAGACCAGUACCUCGAUCUCAAGGAAAUUCUCGCCAACCUCGGAAGCCAGGAUGUCGUCGUCAAAUCCGACGAGAACGAUGGUACCAACCCUUCUCUAGCAGACAUCUUCGAAAUCCCAUUCAGGAAAAACAUGACCCUCCUCGAUCAGUUCCACAGGAGGAUAACGAAACACUAUCUCUACCCUGAAAAGGACCCUAUUGUACCCAAGCUCCUUGUCCAAAUGGCGACCGCCCCCAUCGUCCACGUCAGCCAAAAGGAAGGCGGGACGCAGAUCAAACUGGUAAUCGAUUACGAGAACAAAGACCAGGCUCUCUUCAAACCGAUGAGGUAAGCUCCGG